AUGGCAUUUCUUCGCGCCCUGUUUCUGGCAUAUGCCAUUGCGUGUGUCCAUGCCGCGGUCACUCCACUCGACUCUUCUGUACAGGUGCGCCAUGCUCCUGGCCACUCUGUGGAAGAUACAUAUCAUGCCAUCAAGCGAGGCCUAGCUUUAGCUAGCCUAGAGAACCGGGAGGCCUCUUUCAAAGCUGAUCCGAUAAACAUAGCAAGAAGCUGGAGCGGUGCCACUUUGUUAUCGGUGCAAGUCGGACCCGAUCAGCCGCUGGACCACCAAAAUGGUACCACGACGCUUGAAGCUGGCAUCGAAGUCACCUGUCGAAAGUGCUACGUAAAGGGUGUCGUUACUGCUGAGCUUACGAUUGACGGCGACUUCGACGCCGCGACGCUCCUCAAUAACACCGCCGACUCAGUCAAAACAGGUGUCCAGAACCUCACAAGCGACUUCAAAGACUAUCUAGUCAAGUCGAUAGAAGAGGUCGAAGAUUCGUUCGACAUAAGUGACGGGAUCGACGCAUCUGACUUCGACUUCGACUUUCCCACAUUCAAUCUUACAUUUGACCUUGACGUCCCGACGAUCGAUGAUGCCAACUUACACUUCCAAUUUGAUGACAUGGAGCUAUACCUGGAAAUCGGAACUACCCUAAGCGCCGGUGCAACAUACGAAAUUACCCUUUUCGCUACACAAACUCCCGUCGGGAUGAAGAUAGGGCAAUACCUGAUGCUUGGCGCAGUCGUUACUGUGGAUCUGAUCUUGGCUGUAGAAGGUGCUAUCGACAUCAGUAGCGGAUUCCACAUCAAGCUUGACGAUGGCGUUGCUAUUGACCUUCCGUUGUUUGGAAAUGAAGUUGCCGAUAUGACUGUCAACGGCGGCCAGUUCGAGUUCCUACCGGUCACUCUCGAAAGCGCAAGCAUAUCUAUGUCGGCAGCUCUUCGUGUUGGUGCUCACUGCGGUCUUGAGGUUGUUCCACGAGAACUACCAGCAUUCAAUGUAUUCAACAUGAACUUUGGUCCUCCAGCAGUAGAUGCCGGUAUUGAAGUCGCCGUCUUCGCAAACAUAGCCGAGUUUAACACCAACAUCACCUACGCUGCAGAUGACGAAGACUGCAAGCUGAAAGUCCUGCAAGAAUACAACUUUGCCGUAGGUGCCAUCGCUGGAGCCUCAGUCGCUGUCGCGUUCCUCAACGAGACAAAGACAUGGGGUCCUGUAGCAGAACUAUCUACUGCCAUCUUCACGACCACGUUGGCGGAGGUAUGUGGUAUCCAAGGCAAGCCUACCCCAGCACCCACCAUUACACCUGGACCGGAGAGACGUCAAGAUCUCAUCGAGACGGUGAUAAGUACCGAAAUCACUAGAAGCGGUGUCAGCUGCAAUAUUCCUGGGCCUGCGAACUGCCCCAACUCGGAGCAAGUCUCGACUACUACGAGAUUCAGCUCCACCAUUACAACGUCAGUAGCACCCGGCGUUGAAGCGACAUGGCCAGUCGAAGCAUCCGAUACCGUAGAAGAGACCAUUGCAUUCGGCACGCAAGCAAAGACCAUGAGAGCCGUGUCCGGCAAGCCAACUCCGUACGUCGCUCCGCCCGACGAGGACGGCAAGGAUGGAAGCGACCAUGUACACGAUCUCGUCGACGGCUCGACUGGAGGUGUCAGUAACAAGAUCAUCAUUGGUGUUUGCGUUGGUCUAGUUUUGCCUAUUCUGGUAGCCAUCAUCGGAGCUGUUAUCUUCUUCCAUAAGCGCAAGCGAUAUGCUGCAGUGGGCAGUCCUGCGGCACCCAUGAUCGCUAAACCUUACACCGGCUACAACGACUAUAAGGACCGAGUCCAGGAGUUAAAGUCUCCUAGCGGUGGUGUUUCGGAGAUGCGCCGUUGAUUUUCUCUCCCACAGUGCUGUUCACAAUUUCCUUUCGGUCCUCUUCAAUGAUGCGAUGAGCUUUUUCUUCUCUCGUUACGUUCGGGAAUUCGGUCGGCGUCUCGCUUGUCUUCUUAUCUUUUGCAUUUCCAUCAACCGGUUCAAGAACUACGGCUAUAUACCUUAGACUCCAAAC